AUGGACCUCUUGGACGAUGACCCGCCACAACAUCAGCAACAACAAGAGGAUCAUCAACAACAACAGCAACAGCAACCAACAAAGAAGAUGAGACCUGAUGUUCAAGAUGAAGAACCUGACUUCUCAUUCGACUUCAGUGGUCAGUUUGAUAAUGACGACGAUUAUCUAUCAUAUUCUACCAAGGCGACAUCAACAAGCACGACAUCAACAAGCACGACAUCAACAAGCAUGACAUCAACAAAUACAUCAAAUCCACUUUCAUUGACAAAGCCACAAUCACAAGUUCAAGGUCAAACACAACGCAAACAACCGAUGGUAUCUGCAUUGAUGCCUUCAAAGAUUGGUCUGAACAACACUGGCUUUGUAAACACAUUGUCAAUAUACAAGAGCAAUCCAAGUCUUUCACUCAACAGUUCUCUGUCACCAACAACCUCGACUACAUCCACAAUCAACAACUACUCAUCGGAAUCAUUGCUAUCUCAUCGAUCAUCUGGUACCGGCAGUAAUAACACAUUCAACGUUGUACCGCCUAAGGGCGGCAACUCAAAGAAGGCCCCACCAAAGUACAAACGAUCAAUUGAGGAUAUCAAGAUAUCAGAGACACUAUCGCCUGAGCAACGACAUGUUGUGGACUUGGUCUUGGGCGGCAGCAGCAUCUUCUUCACAGGCAGUGCAGGCACGGGCAAGACAUACGUCCUUCGCGAGAUCAUCCAGGCACUGCGUUUUCUACACGGCGACUGUGUCCACGUCACUGCUAGCACUGGUAUCGCCGCUUGCAACGUUGGCGGCACCACCCUUCACUCGUUCGCCGCGAUUGGUCUCGGUGACAAGCCGGCCAAAGAUUACAUCCGCUCGAUUGCAGGCAACAACAAGAACCUGCUGCGGUGGCGCCAGACCAAGGUGCUGGUCAUCGAUGAGAUUUCAAUGAUCUCUGCCGAGCUGCUCGACAAGCUGGAUCAGAUUGGAAGGGCUCUGCGCAGCUCACCUCGACCCUUUGGCGGCAUACAGUUGGUGUUGGUCGGUGACUUUUGCCAACUACCGCCCGUGUCCAAGCAGACGGCUGCAUCGUACUGCUUCAGGGCUGUCUGCUGGGAGAUGAUGAUUGAUCAUUCGAUCCUCUUGACCAAGGUGUACAGACAGAAGGAUGACAAGUUUGUCAAGGUCCUUAACGAACUGCGAUUUGGUGUCAUCUCUGAUGUUGGUCUAACUACUCUCAAUCAAUGUGUUUCCAACAAUCUAGACGCUACCGAUGGAAUCAUUCCGACUGUCUUAUACCCUCAUCGAGCCAAGUGUGAUGCUGAGAAUGAAAGGAAGUUACAAGCUUUGGCUGGAGAGGCAAUGGUGUUUGAGGCCGAGGACGAAGGACCCGAUCCAUAUAGAGACAUGCUGAAGAACAUGCAAGCCCAAUCAACAGUGACAUUGAAGAUUGGUGCUCAAGUGAUCCUAUUGAAGAACUUGGACUUUGAAGAGGAGUUGGUCAAUGGAUCACGUGGCGUCGUCGUGGCUUGGGCGGCCGAAGAUUCGAUGCCCAUCGUCAAGUUCAGCACUGGCACAUUGCGCAAGAUCGUCAAGGAGGUCUGGAACAUCGAGCAGGGCAACGUCAAGGUGGCAUCAAGGACUCAGGUGCCGCUGGCGCUGGCGUGGGCACUGAGCAUUCACAAGAGUCAAGGAAUGUCGAUCGAUCGAUUGGUCAUUGACCUCGAGGGCACCUUUGAGUAUGGACAGGCUUACGUGGCACUGAGUAGAGCGACCUCCCUCACCGGCCUUCAACUCAAGUCCAAACUACAGUCCAAUCAACUCAAGGUGCAUCCAGAGGUUGUCGAGUUCUACAAGCAAAUGGAGAAACUCUAG